GGCGCCGACCUCCAAGACGGAGCGAGAGUACUCUAGAUGGCGAGCGGCGAUUGGGCCUCGCAGGGAAGGGGAGGGGCCGGAAGGCGGUCUCAGGGUGCUGGUUCUGGGCUCGGCGUCCUCCGGGGAAUGUGGAAAGCUGGUGGUAUGUCGGCCGAGCUGGGAGUAGGGUUCGCGCUGCGGGCAGUGAAAGAGCGCGUGCAGCAGGCCGUGGCGCGCCGGCCGCGGGAUCUCCCAGCCAUUCAACCACGGCUAGUAGCAGUCAGCAAAACGAAACCUGCAGACAUGGUGAUUGAGGCCUACGAUCACGGCCAGCGCACUUUCGGAGAGAACUAUGUUCAGGAGCUACUAGAGAAAGCAUCAAAUCCCAAGAUUCUGUCUUCGUGUCCUGAGAUCAAGUGGCACUUCAUUGGCCAUUUACAGAAACAAAAUGUCAACAAACUGAUGGGAAGCAGAGAGGAAACGAAGUGGGCAUCGCUACAGACCCUCAAAGCCAGCCUGCCCCCAGGGACAUACUUCUUCAGGAAGGCUCCACCUCCUAAAGCUGUCCCCAACCUCUUCAUGCUGGAAACAGUAGACUCUGUGAAGCUGGCAGACAAAGUGAACAGUUCCUGGCAGAAGAAAGGCUCUGCUGGAAGGUUGAAGGUCAUGGUCCAGAUUAACACCAGUGGAGAGGAGAGUAAAUAUGGUGUUCCACCUUCAGAGACCAUAGCCGUGGCAGAGUACAUAAAGUCCAAUUGUCCCAGCCUGGAGUUCGUGGGGCUGAUGACCAUUGGAAGCUUUGGACAUGAUCUUAGUCAAGGACCAAACCCAGACUUCCAGGUGUUACUGUCCCUGCGGGAGGAGCUGUGUAAAAAGCUCGGCAUUGCUGUGGACCAAGUUGAGCUGAGCAUGGGCAUGUCCAUGGACUUCCAGCAUGCUAUUGAAGUAGGAUCUACAAAUGUCAGGAUAGGAAGCACCAUCUUUGGAGAGCGGGAUUACUCAAAGAAACCUGCCCUAGACAAGACCACAACAGACCUGAAGGCCUCGGCACCGGUGGCCCAAGAACAGUGAGCCGGGCAGCCAAGAGGACAACUAUGCACCAACCUAGGUUUUCAUUUUGAUGUUCGCAGGUUCGAACCCAAUCACACUGUUCUGUGAUUGUGUAGAGCGCUGAGGUGUGCCUAUGUUGGUGGAAGCCCCUGUGCUUAGCCUCGGAUCUAGGAAGCUCACUUCAAGCGGUGGCUUGGGAUUGCAUUUAAGGAGUCCAGAGAUUUCAGGACAGAUACCAAAUCAGCAGCAGAGAAUUAAGAUCAACUGACCUCUUCCUGAGAGCACCCACCAACCCAUGAGAGCAUUGCCCAGAGUGUCUUCUGGGCUGCUGCCUAUAAUGGAGGCAUCUCGUGAGGGCCUCCCAUUUGCCAUCCCACUAGUAGGUUUCCCUGCAGCUGCUUCCUACAAGUCCCAUGGACGUCACGUUACCGCUCUGUUUCCUCCCUAACCAGCAGGUGUGGAAGGUCGUCUUUGCUCUGGGACUGGAGUCCACUUCAGGCCGUGCCUCUAGACACAGCUUCACUGUGAUCCUGACCCUGAAAUUCCAGAGUCACUCUUUUGACGCUUGGGCCUCCUGACAUCUUGCUGAGGAGGAGGACUGAGCUUUUUCCUCUAGGAUUGUAGUGAUGGGAAGUGAAUGGCAUUUCUUCUCUACCAUGAUCCUUUUCUGGUGGUUUUUGUUUUUAUUUUUAGCAAAGCCCAGUGCUUAGGGAUGAAAGGCUUCAAAGCCAGUUCAGGCACAUGGUAUCAACAAGGCCUUGCUUUGCUUUUCCUGAGAAGCUUUUUCCAGGAGCAUCAGUCACCUCCCCACUAUACAUAUAAGCCUGAAUUUUACAACUCUGUUCAUAAUGUAGCAAGAUCUUCAAAAACCAGAAAGCAUCUGGGCAUAGCACACACCUGUGAUUCUGGCACUUGGUAAGUGCAAGCAGGAGGACCAGUGGUUCAAGGCCAUCCUUAGCCACAUAGUGAGUACAAGGCUAGGUUAGGGCUAAAUGAGACCCUAUCUUUAAAAAAAAUUAAACCAGAAAGUGAUUCUCCCAUAAUCAACAGAUAAUAAUAGUGACAGGUAGUUUCGGUAUGAGCUAUUAUUUUCGGACAGGUUUUUCUCUUGCUUACUCAAGCCUGGUCUUCAAUUUUAUGACAAAGCUUCUCAGAACACGCUGCUACUACUGAAUGUAAUUUUACAAGACACCCACGAUUCUUGUACUUUCAGUCAAAGCUGGUGUUUGAGAAUCUCUUCAAUAAAAAUGUGAGUUUGAAUGAUACCAUCUGUGCCAACUACAAAGCAAUUAAAAUUUAUUUUUAUGACCUCGUGCAGUGAGUGACUAUAACAGGAGGGGCCUUGGACCUGGCAGGAGCAGCCUGUUGCUUAUUUGGCAUCAUGCCAUCCUGGCUUUGGGGAGGCCGUUCCUUGGGUCACAGAUCAAAGCCACACCAUGUAUGCAGAAAGGUUCUGAACUUCAAGGGCAAGAACAUGUCUUGGUAGGGUGUGGUAUCACACCUAUAGUCCCAACACAUGAGGAUGGCUGGUUUGAGGCCAGCCAGGCUACGUAGCCAGUUUCUGACCAGUGAGAUUUUAUAGCAGACCCUGUCAAAAAAAGAAAGAAUGGAAGUGUUGGCAUGUUAGGGGUUAAAAGGAGGCUACCACCUGCUGCACGGAGCUCUUUUGAUGGCCUCUAGGUGGCAACAUUGGCCAACUGAAGCGCACAGUGGGCUCCACUGUGGGCACUUGCUGUGGUCCACUCCUGGUUUAGUCUCUCCUAAUGGGGAUGAAUGGACACAGAAUGAUUCUCCUAAGUGCACAUGGACUUGUAGACGCACGGGUUCUUUCAGCAGCCUCACUACCAUGCUGCUCAGAUGAGGGGUCUGAGGGUGGUUCUGAAUCCCUUGGGAAAAGUGAAAUGGUGAAGCCAUAACAGAUCUCCCGGCUUGUGCCUGGGCAUGAAGAACAGAGGAGACAAGCCAGGAGAGGCUGAAGUCCAGAAGGAAGCCAGAGUGCGCAUCCAGCAUCAGGGGGCGCUCUCAUCAGGAAAAUUUAGGCCAGGCUCAGAGACAGGUUUUUUGUGAGGCAGCUGGUUGGGUUACUCCCAGGUUUUUAUGACAGCAUCAGGGCAAGUUUCCUGAGUGAAAACAGCAUGCUUCCCAGACUCAGACCCAGCCACGCAGUAGCAUCUCCCUGCCUCCUGUCCGUGCCCUGGGUUCCCAUGUGUCCUGAAGCCAGUGUCAGGUUUGAGAGGCUGAGGGCCCUCCAGGCCAAAGGAUUUGGUCUCUUGGGAAGUCCCUUAUAGAUUCUUGCACAUAGAUACACAUCCAUGACACUGGCAAUAGAACCCAGGUCCUGGUGCAUAUAAGGAGUGCUGCUUGGCCUUACUAUGUUUUUCUUAAAGUUUUUAUUAGCAUGUAUUACUUAUGUAGUAAUGUGCUUGCUUGUGACAGCCCAGCACGUAUAUAGCAUGUAUUUUGAUCGUAUUCCCCUCCAUGACCCUCUUGUCCUCUGCUCCUGCUCAUCCGCUCUUCCCAACUGGCCCCCUUCCCCUCGUCGUUUUUUCAUACUACGUUCUUAAAGCAACCGCUUCAUAACAUUGUACCCCGACCCUUUUUUUUAAACAUUCAUAGCCUGUAA